AUGGCACCAUCCAGGGCUAUUCUUCUUCGCCGCAUAGCCUCCGCAGCCACAGCGCCAUGCUUACGACCGACUUCGCGUCUCCUCACAACGUCUACCUCUGCACUAUGUAGAACACAACAGUCGUCAGUCUUGCGAUCGAGCCUAUCGCGACAGUCACAUUUGCCUACGCUAUGCACGCGAUCAUAUUCGCAGUCAGCCAGCGCGGCGCCUGAAGCACCGGAUUACCUCAACGAGGCAGAAUUACACGUCUUCAACAAGAUCAAAGCGGAGUUGGAGCCCGUGAAGCUGGAGGUACAAGAUAUUAGCGGCGGCUGCGGGUCCAUGUAUGCCAUCCAGAUCGAGUCCCCUAAGUUCAAAGGCUUGACGGUCAUCAAGCAACACAAGAUGGUCAAUGAAGUACUGAAAGACGAAAUAAAGAGCUGGCAUGGUGUACAGCUUAGGACGAAGGCUGCUUGA